AUAUGAUGUUAUAGAAGAGAAAGUUAUAUUAUAGUGUAGUACAUCACAACUGGUGGGUGUUACCGCGGCAGGAGGUAACAUGUGACAAACACCUGCCUGUACAGAGCUGCAGUUCUCGGGCCACUGUGAGAAUAAAUGUUUUAGGUGGUGGUGAAGAUGAGGCGGUCAGCGGCUCCCUCACAGCUGCUGCACAAGAGGACAUUAUUCACGCCACCAUUUGCCAAGCGACGAUGCCCGGACACACACACUGAUGAUGUACCAAAAGCCAGUGCAUUACCUCAAACUGUAGAAAAUAACGUGAAAGUGAGAGAUGGACCAGUUCGCAGUUCCUCUGACAUCCUCUCCUUGAUUAAGAAACCAUCAACCAUAACAGAGACAAGUUGUGUGAGGCAGUGCAGUAAUGGUGUACCAGAGUGUGAUACUGGACAAGAAAAUGCACCAACAGACUCAGUCACUGUACUGUCUCCUUUAAGAGAGACUCAUAGUAAUACAUUGAGGUCUACUGGUGAUGCCAAUAAAAGAUUCCCAGCACAACAACUUGGUACAGCAUCAAGAAUGUUAGGUGGGUAUGCCAGGGUUGGGAAGGGUCCGCAGGGGAUCCCAGGACACCGCCGCAGUGUUGUCCCAGCACAAGAGGAGAACCAGGAGGCUCAGGCAGUUAAAUAUUACUCUGUAGUUUGGUGUAAAUUUUCUCGAAAAAAACACAAAAAUUGGGAAGGUGACGCAGUGCUGAUUGUGAAGAGCAGAUCUGUCAUCCUCAAGGACACAGAGGGAAAGGAGAUUGGUCGAAGAACAGGAUACAAGCUGAAAGACUUAUCAUCUUUGGAGGAAGGAAGUACUCUUCUUGUAGGAGGCGGUAAGGAAGUUGAGAUUCAAGGAACCAUUAGUGCUGAGAGCUAUGCCAGAGGGGAAUGCUUUCUGGGACAAAUACCUGUACUUCAGAACAUAGAUGAGGCCCAGGAAAAAAGAAGCCAACCACCAAAGCCAAAGCCUUUUCGUCUCCCUACUCUGGGUCGUCCUAAAGACAAGAACACUAACACUGCCGUUGGUCCCCUGUUUGACCCUACAAAACCUGAUGCCCUUGUAAUGCCAAGCCCUCCAUCCCAGCAUCAGUGGAAGAACAACUGUGGCGGAGCGGCGGUGGUGGACGUGGUGAUAGAUCCACACGUUAGUGGACAGCUGCGGCCCCACCAGCAGGAAGGCGUCAUCUUCCUGUACGAGUGCAUCAUGGGCUACAGGCACUUAGAUAACUAUGGGGCAAUAUUAGCUGAUGAAAUGGGCCUUGGCAAGACACUGCAGUGUAUUACCUUGGUGUGGACAUUACUCAAGCAGGGUCCCUAUGGUGGAAGAUCAGUUGUGAAGAAAGUUUUGAUUGUUACUCCCUCUAGUCUAACAAACAACUGGAGUAAAGAGUUCUCUAAAUGGCUGGGCAGAGAGAGAGUCAACGUCUACAUCGUGGAUCAAAACAACAAGGUUGAGCAGUUUGAGAAGCAGAAGCACUCGGAGAUCAUGAUUAUCUCGUAUGAAAUGUUUGUGCGUAGUUCUAAAAUUAUUGAGGCCCUCAACUUUGAUCUGGUUCUGUGUGACGAGGGACACCGUCUGAAAAACACCAACAUCAAGACUGCGCACCUCCUGGGUGGUCUGAGGUGCAGGAGGCGGGUCAUACUUACAGGAACUCCGGUGCAAAAUGAUCUGCAGGAGUUGUUUGCUCUCGUGGAAUUUGUGAAUCCAGGAGUGUUGGGAUCAUCGUUGUCCUUCCGUCACAUAUACGAGGAUCCCAUAAUCGCUUCCCAACAGCCAAAUGCCUCACAGACUGAAAAGGAAUUAGGUGCUAGCCGAGCCACACAGCUGAAUAAAAUAACAUCUCUCUUCAUCCUCCGACGCACUCAGGAUAUCAUCAACAGAUACCUGCCACCCAAAGUAGAGUUUGUGGUGUUCUGUCAGCCAUCAGAGACACAGGUGUCUGUAUAUAUGGAUUUGGUAGGUUGUCGGAGCCUAAAGAAGUGUUUCAGUAAUGUUGAACCAGGAGAUAACUUAUCUGCCAUUUUAGCUUUACGUAAGUUGUGCAACCACCCUGCCUUAUUAGCUGCUGACAAGGAUCAAGAAAACAAGAGUGAUGUAGUACAGGAAGCUGCCAAUUUGCUGCCACCUCACAUACAGCCUGGAGUAUAUGAUGAAGGGGACAGUGGCAAGUUAGCAGUAGUAUCAUGUAUCCUCUGGGCACUGAGAGAACCAGGAACAGAGAAGAUCGUCCUGGUAUCAAACUACACCACCACAUUAGAUAUGCUGGCCGCCCUCUGCACGCGCUACAACUACCCCUACCUUAGGCUGGAUGGAUCCACGCCAACUAACAAACGUCAACAGCUGGUGGACAGAUUUAACAGCAAAUAUUCUAAAGACUUUGUGUUUCUACUGAGUUCAAAGGCAGGGGGGGUUGGCCUCAACUUGAUCGGAGCGUCAAGAAUUCUGUUGUAUGACAUUGACUGGAACCCCGCCACCGACUUACAAGCUAUGGCACGAGUCUGGAGGGACGGCCAGAAGAGAAAGGUCUACAUAUAUAGAUUAUUAAUGACUGGAUCAAUGGAUGAGAAGAUGUAUCAACGACAAGUAAAGAAACAAGGGCUCAGUGGAGCUGUGGUGGAUGCUCGGGACACUGACAGGGUCCACUUUUCGACUGAAGAACUCAAGGAUCUUUUCACAAUACACUGUGAGACAAUGUGCCUGACACAUGACUUGUUAGAGUGCGAGUGUGACCUCCAGGGUGGUGGUUCACAGGUCACACACCAACACCAAGUUAACAAGUCUCCUGACAGAGCUUGCCAGUUGUAUGGUGGAGAAUGCCCUGGAGGUUCUCUCAGCACCACCUCCACCUCCACCAUGGAUCAGCUACAUAAUUGGUGCCAUCUUGCUCCACCAUUUUCAUCUGCUGUUGUCAAGGAUCCAUGUUUGGAAGCAGCAAGUGACUUUAUAAGUUUUUUAUUCUGCAAUGAAUCAAACACUGAAAUAAUGAAGAUGCCGUCUGCACCAUAAGGUCUUCAUUAUGAACAACUUACACACAACACUCCUGAAUAAUGUAAGGAAAUCUUUUAUAAGUUUUAUAAUAAACUAUUAAAAACAA